AAAGGUUGUCAACAGGCGGCCCUAUCCGUUAAGUCGUCGGAGUGAUGGCGUUCUGCUCGCAACUGUGUCAGAAACUCAGCGAGUGGUGUCGGCCAGUCGACCCGGACGAGAAAAAUGAGACAACGCGCCUCAGGGUCAAAUGCCAAAACAGGUACGUCUCGGACGAGGCGCUGCUGGACAGCUGCAGCGGUGCGGACGGAGUCAGUGGCGACUCCGAGCCGGACCUGACGCGGCUGACUCCGGGACUCGGAGUCGCGCCGGGACUCAGCGUGUCCGAGGCACACCUGGACCGCGUGCAGCCGCCCCGCGAGCGACUCUACCGACCGGACCUGGACAGUGCGUCUCAGAACGGCGCUCAGGACUUCGGCUCCGUGCCAGACAUUACCGUCACUGCCGUGCCAGAGGUGAAGAAAAAGGAGAGCAAGGGUAUCAAGGCCAACAAUCUUCGACCCGAUGUCAUGCGACACGCACAGACCAUCGCGGACAUCUCGAAGUUCACGCUGCGUGACCUGAAGUCACAGAACAGCGAGAGGAGAGGAUUCGCGCGGGCCAGUCAGCACGGGUUCGAUCGAUCGCACUACGAGAGCGCCGGCUCGCUGACCCGGGACGCCGCGCCGCCACCCAGCGCUGGGGUGGAGGACGCCAAACAGGCCAACGAGAUCUACGGCAGCGUCACCAUCGCCGCCAGCUUCAACCCGCACCUGAAGCGGCUGCUAGUGCAGCUGGAGUCGGUGCACAGCCUGCCGCCGCGCGGCCACCUCGCCUACGACGUCCUCACUGAGAUCACCCUCCUCCCCGACUGCAAACCCGUCAAGAAGGCUCCCGUCGUCAGUGGCGACCUCAACCCGACCUACAACCUCGACUACGCACUACCGCUGCGUACUAAAGAUCUCCGCUCCAAGACCCUGCGGGUGACUGUGCGAGAGGCUUGUCGUCUGGGUCCGUACGAGGCAGUCGGCCACGCGCUUCUAUCACUAGACGGAACUGUCGGAGAGACGCCGGAGCGAUUCGCUCUUCCUCUGACGCGCCGUGCCGAGCCGGAUGACACCCUGGGCCGUCUGCUGGUCUCGCUCUCCUACCGGGCCGCCGACGAUCGCCUCUCCGUGGUGGUCAUGCAGGCGCGCGAGCUGCGCGUCUCACCAUCAGUCCACCGUCUCCCACAGAAAACCUUCGAGAAGCAUGCCAAAUACGACACCUUUGUCAAGGCAUCGCUCCGCUGCGCCGGCGAAAAGGUGAAGACCAAGCGAUCGCCGGUGUUGGCCGGCUCCAAGGAGCCAUUCUACAACGCUAGCUUCGGGUUCGUGCUGCCGCAAGGGUUCGUCGACGACGCCAGCCUGGUGCUGAGUGUGGUGAUGCGCGGCCCGGUGCGUACCGAUCUGGUCAUCGGACGGGUGAUCCUCGGCCCGUUCUUCAGCAGCGCCGGAGGUCAGCCCACCCAGUGGGGCCGCGCGCUCAGCACCAGUGAUGUGGUCACACAGUGGCACAGGCUCUACCUCUGAGGCGGCGGUGGGCGCAGAUAGGACGUGUCAGGACGGGGUAGCAGUGGCGGUAUAAGGCUUCCAGGGAUGUCACUAGCGGUGGCAGAGAUAAGGUGCCCGGUCACUGGUGCCGUCUAAAUGAACGAUGGACAAUGUAUUGGUGAUAGCUGUGAAUGAGUGCUGUCCAAACUCAAUAACUCCGGGUUUAAUUCCUGGAGAUACCCAACAGGACAAUGUAACAGAUGAGUGCAGGAAUACUUUCCCAAUCUAUAUCAACAACCCCAAUCACGACUGCGUACAGUACGAAGCUAGCGACCCUACCACCGUCAUUCUGUCAGGCGAAACUCGGGAUGAAUUCUGACAGAGCUCACGGCAGGGUUCCAUAAUAACCACUCCAACUCCAGGUUCUCCUAUCGAGCCGAAUCGGCCACGGAUACCAGAGCCCCCGUCUCGCUAAUCCAGCGCCUGGCCACCUCCAUGGCCCAACUAUGCGCACCAACUCCGUACGAUAUCAUCCGACAAGAUCCAGACGAACAGCACCGAUAAUCCCCCGUCAGGAACAUGCCAAAACUGGCUCGAGGAGGCCUGCAGAGCGCCCCAUAUCGAGGUCUGUAGCGUUGGUGGAUAGAUAGAAUCGUCGUUUCUCCGAGAAGUGUUAAUAACGUCUCGCCUCUGACGGCAGGCCUCCAGAGACGGGCUAUUAUAUGCCAGGGCCAGCUUUGUGAAUCGCGGUAAUGUAAUAAGACCGAAACCAGACAUCCGCCUUACUGAGAUGCCAUGCUUCUACGAAGAUGCUGUUACCCUUUCUGACUUCCAGCGUUAUCUAGUCCGACUAUUGCAGCAUUCACCGAUUGAGUAUUACUGUACUACCACGUAGAUAAAGACGAGCGAACCUAUCGGCCGUGGCCGAGCGUUCCCCGUCUGUUGGUUCCUUACCUUGUCU